AUGCUCCGGCUUUCUUUAUUUUUCCUCGUUCUUUUCGUUGUGACUCUCGGGGCCUUGGCUAGUCCAAGGUCCGUGCGGCAACUUAGGCGCCAGAGCGCUUCUUUUGUCCUUCCAGUCGCAAGGCGCUCAAGAUAUCAAAGACCAAGCGGUGUCAAAAUCUUCAAUCCCCAAUAUAUUAAAGAGGAAAUACGCCGCAUCCUCGUUAAAUAUCAAGAUGCAGGAAAAAUACUCGCAAGUGUUGGUACCAACCCCUCUCAGGACCUCAAUCAAUAUUUUCCAGUCAACUCGAGCGCUUCACCGUCCUCCGAGUCUGUCUCUUCAAGUUCUGUCAACACCGAGCCUCCGUCGCUUCCGGGCCCCACUGUCAUCCUGACCUCGGAUACAGCGAAGAUGCAGCUGACGGAUCUGAUCGAUGGAUCGAUUGACCUGAUGUACUAUGGACCGCUGAAUAUCGGCACCCCUCCUCAAGAGCUUACAGUCGACGUUGAUACGGGCUCUGCUGACCUCUGGGUCCCUGCAGACUGCAUGGCGUGCUCCAAUAGACAAUUUGACAAGAACGCGAGUUCGACGUAUUCUGAGCAGGGGACUGGGUUUAAUGUUUAUUAUGGAACGGGAAAUGUUUACGCCGAAUCGGCGAAAGACGUCGUAUCCAUCCAAGGCCUCUCAGUCCAGAGCCAAGCUUUCGGGGCCGUCUCUCGUGUAUCGGAGGACUUCAAUGGCUAUCCCAACAGUGGCUUGCUCGGGCUCGCUUUUAGCACGAUCGCUUCAUCGAAACAGCCGACAUUCUUCGAGAACCUGAUCAGGGAAAAGCAGCUGGCUGCUCCGAUCUUCUCUGUUCAUCUGGCAAGGAACCAAGAAACUGGGUCGGAGGUUUGUUUUGGAUGCUUAGACAAGGGAAAAACGACUGGACCAGUGUCAAUGGUACCGGUAAUGUCGAAGACAUACUGGGCUGUGCGACUCGAUAGCAUCUCAGUGAACUCAACCACUGCACCAGCAGGCGAUGUUAUCGCCGCCAUUGACACAGGGACGACCCUAAUCUACGUGCCAGCGAACUUGGCGAGGCGAUUCUAUGACAUGAUACCUGGCGCAAAGCCGGCGCCCGAAUACGAUUCGGUGAUGUUCACAUAUCCUUGCGACGCGGAUUUUAUCAUUUCCCUCUCCUUCGGCGGUCAAAACUUUGCUAUCAAUAAUGCUGACUUCAACAUGGGUCCAACUGAGGCUAAUUCUACAGACUGUGUGGGAGGGAUACUAGGUCUUGGACAGGGCUUUCCGGACAACCUUGCAAUCAUUGGUGAUGAGUUUUUAAAAUCCUGGUACUCGACUUUCGACUACUCCGACGACGCACGUAUCGGGUUCUCUCCCAGCAUCAACAACAAAGUCUGA